CACGGGCGAUGUGUCAUUCAACACGGAUCGCAUGUUGAUCACGAAGCUGCGUAAUCUGUACGAGACGUGGCAGACGUUAUCAUUUAAAGUUUUCUUUUCAGAAGAUGCAGAUGUAACCAAUUUUCAUCUGAUUUAACGGAUAGUGCUGUGGAUGCGAGGAUGUCCCUGUGCGCUUUAAUUCUACCGCUCUUCUGUGUUAUCUUCUCGGCUUGGCAGGUCAGUGCAGAUGAGGACUGUUUGUGGUAUGUGGACAAAAAUGGUACCUGGCACAAUGGUUUUGACUGCCCACUCAUAACGUUCUGCUGCGGGAACUGUCAUCACCGCUACUGCUGCCUGGACGGCUUUAAGAUGAUCACCGAGGCAGCACAGAAACGCUGCAUGCUGUUCCAUCUCAGCCCCUCCACCCUUGCUGGCAUUGCUUCAUCCAUCCUGCUUUUUGUGGCUGCCAUAGCAACCAUGGUCUGUUGCUUCAUGUGUUCCUGUUGUUAUCUUUACCAGCGCCGACAGCAACGUGGUAGAACCCUUUAUGAAGCCCAGCACAUCCCCAUGGCCACCUAUCCUGUGGAGCCCAUGUGUGAUGCUUAUGGUAAACCCAUUGGACAUUACCUUGCAUAUCCAAUGGUGCAGCAGUAUCCCGGUAUCCCUCAUCACUAUCCCAUGAUGCCCCAGGGUCCUUAUCCUUCUUUUCCUCCUGAUGCAGGAUACAGUCAAGCAGCUCCCCCACCAUACUCCCCUCCCCAGGGCACUGAGAAAGCAGGAGUGUAAGCAGUAAAUGAUAUCCCAUACAGCGGAACCUUGUAGGGAAUUUGGGAAUCUCUUGAUUUGUGUUAUUUAUUCAUUUGUGGAGUAAAGCAUGAACUGACCCUG